AAUUAAAAGCAUAUCAAUCCGCAUAUGAUCUCAAAAUGAUCUUAAACCGGCCAUGGAACCUGUAAAAGGGUUACUAUUCACAUGGUUUCUUUUCCUUCUUUUUCACUCGUCUCUUUCCAUUGACACCAUUAGAGCAAACCUACCCAUCAAUGAUGGGGACUUGAUAGUCUCCAAAAGAGAAAGAUUCGUUCUUGGAUUCUUCACUCCUGGUAAUUCUAACAACAGAUAUGUUGGUAUCUGGUAUUAUCCAGUUUCAGAGCAAACUGUGGUGUGGGUUGCGAAUAGAGACAACCCCAUUAAUGAUACCUCAGGGACAAUCUCCAUUGACGAUCAUGGCAAUCUUGUGGUGUAUAAAAGAAAUGGAACACUACCUGUCUGGUCUACAAAUUCUACUCUCACGGCCAAGAAGAGUAAUUCUGUCGCUCAGCUUUUGGAUUCUGGAAAUCUUCUUCUUCUUGACAAUUUAACAGGAGAGGUUUUAUGGCAGAGUUUCGAUCAUCCUACGCAUUGCAUGCUUCCAUUUAUGAAACUCGGGUUGACCCGAACGACAGGUAUGAACCGAUUCCUAACUUCUUGGAAGUCUCCGGAUGAUCCCGGAACAGGAAACUACUCCUACCGGAUAAACCCAGAUGGGUUUCCUCAAUUGAUGCUGUACAAAGGUUCAGUACCCAUAUGGCGAACCGGGUCAUGGACCGGGCAGAGAUGGAGCGGUGUACCCGAAAUGACUCGUAGUUAUAUCUUCAAUACUAGCUUUAUAAACAACCCAGAUGAGAUAUCAAUCACGUAUGGUGUAACUAACGAUUCAAUCAUAACAAGAAUGGUAUUGAACGAGACUGGAUUGCAGCAACGGUUUACAUGGAAUGAUCGGGUCGGUAGAUGGAUCGGUUUCUGGUCCGCCCCGAAAGAGGAGUGUGACUUUUACCAGCAUUGUGGUCCGAACAGUAAUUGUGAACCGUUUCCGGAGAAAUUUGAGUGCACGUGCUUACCCGGGUUCGAACCCAGGUUACCACAAGAAUGGUUCUUGAGGGACGGGUCGGGCGGGUGCGUACGGAACCGUGGAGCAUCCACGUGUCGAAGUGGAGAAGGGUUCGUGAGGUUGUCGCGUGUGAAGGUACCCGACACGUCAUUCGCACGUGCGGACUUGAAUUUGGGAUUGAAAGAGUGCGAGCAGAGGUGUUUGAGUAAUUGUUCAUGUGUGGCUUUCUCAAGUGCUUAUUAUGAAAGUAAUGGAGGGACAGGUUGCCUGACAUGGUAUGGAAAUUUGCUGGAUGCAAGAACUUAUCAAGCUGCAGGACAAGAUUUUUAUGUCCGUGUAGACGCAGCUGAAUUGGCUCGUUGGAGGAAGAAUGAUUCACUAGGGAAGAAGAAGAUUAUUGCGAUUGUAUUAGCUUGUGUUGCUGGAAUAUGUGUUAUAGCUGGUUCGGGGUACUGUUUGGUAAGAAGGAAAAUGAGAGAGAAGAGAAGGAUGGCGGAAUUCCCUUUCAGUUUAACCACGGGUUCAGCAUACUUAGACGACAGUGCAAAUGAGCUCGAAGAUAGCAGACAAAACAGAGAUUUACCUUUCUUUGAUCUCGCCACCAUAGCCAAAUCCACCAAUAAUUUCUCCAUUGAUAACAAACUUGGUGAAGGAGGUUUCGGUUCUGUUUAUAAGGGUGUUCUACAAAAUGGAAAAGAAAUAGCAGUGAAGAGAUUGUCAAAGCACUCUGGACAAGGAGUUGAGGAAUUCAAGAAUGAGAUUACUUUGAUUGCAAAACUGCAACACAGGAAUCUGGUAAGGAUUCUUGGUUGCUGCAUUGAAGGAUCAGAGAAGAUGUUAAUCUAUGAGUAUUUGCCAAACAAGAGCUUGGACUCUCUUAUAUUUGAUAAAACAAAAGGAUCACAGCUAGAUUGGAAUAAACGGUUUGAGAUUAUUUGUGGUACUGCUCGGGGAAUCUUGUAUCUUCAUCAAGAUUCAAGACUGAGAAUCAUCCAUAGAGAUCUCAAGGCCAGUAAUGUCCUACUAGAUGCAUCACUGAACCCAAAAAUAUCAGAUUUUGGUAUGGCAAGAAUCUUCGGAGGAGACCAAGUUGAGGGGAAUACAAAACGUGUUGUUGGAACAUACGGCUAUAUGUCACCAGAAUAUGCGAUGGAGGGUUUAUUUUCAAUAAAAUCUGAUGUAUACAGUUUCGGUGUAUUACUUCUAGAGAUCAUUUCUGGUCUAAAGAACAGCAGUUACUAUAGUGAAAGUCGCGCAGCAAAUUUAGUUGGACAUGUUUGGGAUCUGUGGAAAGAAGGAAGAGCAAUGGAGAUAGUUGAUAAGUCAUUAUGUGAGUCCAGUAGAGAUAUGGAGAUUCUGAGGUGCAUCCAAAUAGGGCUGCUGUGCGUGCAAGAACAUGCAGGAGAUAGACCAACAAUGUCAACAGUUGUGUUCAUGUUGGGGAAUGAUGCAGCUGCUCUGCCUUCUCCUAAACAGCCUGCUUUUAUCUUGAAGAAAAUCCAACAGGGAGAUGAUGUAUCUUCUAGCCAAGGAGCUGGUAGCUCUGUAAAUGAAGUUACUCUUACUUUGGUUCAGGGUCGAUAGGAAAGAAACAUUUCCAGGGAAAGAAAUAGAAUGUGGUAGGCUUCUUUAGUUGGGAUGGGGUAGUUAAAAUCUGACAUAAAAACAAAUCAAUAAAAAGAUCCAAGCAGAAGAAUAAGAUAUUCAGGGGAGCCAAGGACCUUCUAGCCAGGGAGCUGGUAGCUCUGUAAAUGAAGUCACUCGUUACUUUGGUUAGGAAGGAACAUUCCCGGCAAAAGAAAUAGAAAGAUAGGCUUUCAGAAUUUGAUAGUUAAAAUCUGUACAUAGAAGCAAAUCAAUAAAAUAAAAAAUCCAAGUAGAAUAAUUAGAUGUU